AUGUCGGCGCGCGGGCCCGUGGCCCGACUACUCGCGCGCCGCCGCUUUGAGUCCGCCGAACUAGAGGAAUUGUACGCGCGGUAUGCGUGCAAACUGCAACGCACGUCGGUGGGCUCCGCUCUAGCACUGUGGGCUGUGCUCGCCGCUGCACUCGCAGCUGUCGACGCAACACGGGGCUGGCGCAGAGCGCCGCAGGUGGGUGUGCUGAGUGCGCACGCUAUUCUAUGCGGUGGGCUUGCGUGGUGGUGUGGUCGUGCAAGUGGCGUGGCUCCGGAGAGACGGCUACCAAGAGCAUGCUGGCUUGCGCUCGCGGGUGGGGGCACAGCCCUAGCUGCAACGCUACCAGCCUGGAGCCCUGGUGCAGCAGCCGAAGGAGCAGCUCACGUAGUGUGGGCAGUAUUUGCGGCCUAUGCCUUACUACCAGUAGGCGCACCCGUCGCCGCCGCCUUCGGACUUCUACUGCCCAUAGCGCAUACAGUUGCGGCAGCACUCGUGGCUCCGCGGUUUCCUUACUAUGUAUGGCAACAGAUGCUGGGCAAUGUGGUGGUGUUCCUGUGCGUUAACGUCGUGGGUGCGCUUAUGCAUUCACUCAUGGAGACAGCUCAGAGGCGCGCCUUCCUUGACACGCGUAACUGUAUCGCAGCUCGACUAGACAUGGAGGAUGAAAACGAAAAAUUGGAGCGAUUACUGUUAUCCGUACUUCCGCAACACGUCGCUAUGGAGAUGAAAAACGACAUAAUAUCGCCCGUCGAAGGACAAUUUCACAAGAUAUAUAUUCAAAAGCAUGAACAAGUUAGCAUCCUGUUUGCGGAUAUCGUCGGCUUCACGGUGCUCGCAUCGCAGUGCAGUGCGCAAGAAUUGGUGCGGCUUCUCAACGAGCUUUUUGGCAGAUUUGACCAGCUUGCCAACGAUAACCACUGUCUCCGCAUCAAAAUCUUGGGUGAUUGCUACUACUGUGUGUCGGGACUGCCCGAGCCGCGCUCGGACCACGCGCGUUGUACCGUUGAAAUGGGACUCGACAUGAUCGAUGCUAUUGCGUCCGUAGUAGAAGCAACAGAUGUGCAAUUAAAUAUGCGAGUAGGCAUUCAUACUGGACGUGUACUUUGCGGGGUAUUAGGAUUACGGAAAUGGCAAUACGACGUUUGGUCCAAUGAUGUAACGCUUGCUAAUAACAUGGAAGCCGGGGGUGAACCUGGCCGCGUACACAUAACGCAAGCUACGCUAGAAUGCCUCGGGGGAGCAUACGAAGUAGAGCCUGGUCAUGGUGCUAGUCGAAAUGCAUACCUGCGCGAUCAUUCCAUUCAGACGUACUUCAUAAUUCCACCUCCUAGACGAAGAAAAAUGUGCUUGUCAGCAGGUGUAGGGUUAGGAUCUGGCUCUCGGCGGAAGCUGUCUUUCAAAAAUGUAUCCAAUGUUGUAGUGCAAUUGCUGCAUUCAAUAAAGUUCAACGUAGACGUUCCGUUCUCAAACAUGGCGGCAUCGCCUCAGGAGCUUAAGGCAAACGCUGCCAGGAAGGUGCUGGACCUGCGGCGCGCGCUGCACGCCGAGCCGGGUUCGGCGGAGGCCCUGCGCCUGGCGGCCUUGCGCGGGGAGCACGUGAGCACCGACCCCCCCACCGCCCCCUACAACCACACCUUCGACGCAGUCAUGCAGCACCACGCCCUGCGCACACAUGCAACGAAUAAAGUGACGGAGAAGUCAAAGCGGCCAUUGAAAAAACGUCAUUCGUCUGUAUACCAUCAGCCUACCAACCGCGUGAACAAAUACUUGGCGCAGGCGAUAGACGCGCGCUCAGUGCAUCGGGAAAAGGCCACGCACGUGCAUUUACUCACGUUAUGCUUCAAAGAUGCGGAUAAAGAAGCACAGUAUCGGGCAUCAACAGACGGUGGGUGGGCGGGUUCAUUAAGCGCUGCGUUGGGAGCUCUCGUGGCUGCGGGUGCCCUUCAAGCUGCCAUACUCCCCCGUACUACCAUUCUUCUCCUUCUAUUCGUCACUGCCUUCGCAUGGUCUGCUGCUGUACUGGCUUUAACAUUGGCAGCUCGGCUAAGGCUCAUACCUUGUGAUGUAUCCAGACCAUUUGCACUACGAAAUGCUAUUACAACUUUCACCAUCGUACUGGGCUACGCUGUAGGACAAGUUAACGUGAUAACAUGUCGAGAAGUUAACGUUUGCGCGAAUUUAACAGAGAACAUAACGAUGGGUGACAUUCAAGCGGCUUCGGAUAAAGUAUCGGCUGUGCUGUGGAGUAGCACGGAUCAUAGAGCCUGUCCUAUCCCUCUGUACAUAACUCUAGGCUGCUGCCUCAGCAUGCUCGCUGUGGCCGUGUUCCUGCGACUCCCUAUACUAGUGAAGGGCAUUUUGUUGGCGGUGAUGACGGCCGGCUACGUCACUGUGAUACUGGCGUACCACAAACACCUCUUCGAUUGCUACGACCUGAUGACUGACCCCGGGGCCGUGGGGUCGGCGUACGCGGCGUGCGCGUGGACGCUGGCGCUGGCGCUGGCCGUGCUGCUGCACGCGCGGCAGACCGAGUGGACCGCGCGCCUCGACUUCCUCUGGCAGGUCCAGGCCCGGGACGAGAAGCGCGAUAUGGAUGCUUUACAGGCAUCUAACAGAAGAAUAUUGUUCAACUUACUGCCAGCGCAUGUGGCGACACAUUUCUUAGAUAAUCAGUUUAGGACGAACAUGGACCUAUACCACCAGUCGUACCAGCGCGUGGGCGUGGUGUUCGCGUCCAUCACCAACUACCACGAGUUCUACAUGGAACUCGACGGCAACAACCAGGGCAUGGAGUGUCUCCGGCUGCUCAACGAGAUUAUAGCUGAUUUUGAUGAGCUACUAGGCGAAGAUCGAUUCAGUGCAAUAGAUAAAAUAAAAACUGUGGGCUCUACAUAUAUGGCAGCAGUUGGUCUCAUUCCUGACAAAAAGAUGUUAGACGACGCCAGCACGAGGAAGCACAUGGCUACUUUGGUCGAGUUCGUAUUCGCUAUGAGAGACAAGCUUAAGGAUAUCAAUGAUAAUUCCUAUAACAAUUUCAUGCUUCGUGUUGGUAUUAAUGUCGGACCUGUGGUUGCUGGAGUGAUAGGCGCGAGAAAACCUCAGUAUGAUAUAUGGGGGAAUACAGUUAAUGUAGCCUCUCGUAUGGACUCCACCGGUCUUCCGAACCACACGCAAGUCACAGAGGAAGUCUUUCAGGUGUUGAAGGAUUUUCCGUAUCAAUUUAUUUGUCGCGGCAAAGUCAAAGUUAAAGGAAAGGGGGAAAUGACUACCUAUUUUUUAACAGACAGAACGCCAUCUAAUGGCAUUAAUCAAAAUAAUACAAACAGUCAACCUCAAAAUCCUCCCACUGCGUACGGCGGUGUCGCUACUCCAUUAGCAAUGUUACAAAAUUCAGCGAGAAGAGCGGCGCAACCGUCCAGAUUGCCACCUCUAAGGGAAUCCUCCGUGGCCGGUGAGAACGAGCCGCUUUUACCUUCUAACGGGCACCAAAGUAACGGGAACAAUCACAAAAGCAGUAAAGGAAGACGCAAUAUGGACUCCGAAGACACUCCUCCACCUCCGCCUCCUCACGGCAUCAACGGCAACCCGCGCUGGCCGCCGCCGCGCGCGCUGGUGCCGCCCUGGCCCAGACCGCAAGAGGCUCGACCGCCGGCUGUGCACAAACGCAGACCCCCUACGAGGUUGCCGAGACCGCGGUCUAGUGAAAGUCUUCCUUUAGCAAGAAGUCCUCGAGUCCAUUCUUCAGCGGAUGAACUGAGCUCACUCACCCGAUCCCCCAGUCUCAGCUCGUCUGACGAGAGCUAUUCCAGGACCACGGACGCGUCCCCUUCGCCCCCUCGUCCCGCGCCCUGGCUGCCUCCCGCUCGACCCCAACGAACCGACCCCAACACGUAUGACUAUCCCCCCAUUAGACUUAACAAACCGACUCCUAAUAUCCUAAAUGAAAUUUACGCAAAACAUAAAAAUAAUAAGAAAUCAUCAAUCGACGACAAAAUUCUGGAUGGUAGUUUAGAUUUUCAAAAGGAAGAGGAAAAGUUGCAAAGGAGCAUAAUUAACAUGCUCCAGGCGUCUGUGAAGAGGGACGGUUGCAGUCAGACAGAUAAGAAGGACGUGCCUCAUCGCCUCACGCAGAGGACCAGCUCGUUCUCCAGCUCGGGCAGCCGCCCCGGGAACUUAAAGCACUUGCACCACGACAGCAGGGAGCUGUUCACGAAGCGCAGCCCGUCCGACGUGGCGUGCGUGCCGCCCUUCGAGAGAGAGAUACAAAGGCUGUUUGAUGAUAAAAAUCUUAUUAAGAUGAACUCACCAAAGGCAGAGAGGAAGGACUUGAAAUUAGAAUUAAGAGCACCGCCAUCAGUGAACAACAACAGUAGCCCACUACACGCGGUGGGGCUGGCGGCCAUCACGCAGCUGGCGCGGCAGGAGGCGAGUCCGGCGCGCGCGCGCCCCCCGCCCCCCGCGCACCCCCCGCACCCCGGGCCCCCUGGCCCCCUGCCGUGCGGGGCGCCACCCGGCCCGCCCCCCGCGGCAUCGCCCCUCAAGCCCACGGACUUCCCCGGCGUGCUGCCCACGGACGUGGUCGUGGAACUGCCCUCGCCCACGCACUCCAGCCACGCCCAAAUGCAUACUAGUGCGCCAGGUGCUAGAAUGAGGGACACGAUGCCUGUAAAAGUAAAACAGGAUAAAGAAUUGCAAGACAGACUUCAUAACCGGGUAACCACUUCCAACCAUAGAGAAAUGGGUAUCUACGGGGAGAGUCAGUCCGAGUGGAGUUCCUCGUGCUCGGAGGGCGAGGGUGAGGGCGAGGGCGGCCAGCCGGAGAGCACCGGCUACACCACCGACGACCCCGCGCUAGAGAACGUGUCCAUGCUUAACGAGGCAGGCCUUACGGACGCGGAGGCAGCCCUGAGCGAUGUCAACUCCUGCUACCUGGAGCGUGACGAUGACGUAUCCUCCCGAGCCUCCUCCCGCCUCCUGGACUCGGAGGCCUUGGUCUCCUUGGAGUCACUCAGUGCCAUCUAUGACUCGGACGAGCCCGCGCACCGCUAUCUCGCCAACAUACGCACUGUGAGCGAAUCCAUCACGAGGAACUUUGGGCAGCCCGCCUUCGAACAUGUGACCGAUGCGGAGAGUGACGUC